AAUUCCUCGUACGACCAGAGGAUCGGAAAUAUCAAAGGAUAUUAUGGCGCAGCGCGAGUGGAGAAACAGAAACAUAUGAGCUUAACACCGUAAUACUCUUAUCAUAGAAAUAGAAGCAGUCCUCAAUUCCCGCCCGCUAACUCCUAUCUCCACCGAUCCAAAUGAUCUCCUAGCCCUCACUCCCGGACAUUUCCUCAUUGGCGAUUCAUUAAUGUGCUUACGUGAUCGAGAUUUCAGAGACAUUCCAUCGAACCGACUCUCCAAAUGGCAGCAUAUCCAACAGCUUAAACAACAUUUUUGGAACCGCUGGCAUAAGGAGUAUUUGAACGAGCUAACCAACCGCAAUAAAUGGAGCAAGGGUGGACACAGCAUCCAAAAGGGCACAAUCGUCAUCCUCAGAGAGGACAACGUUCCCUCCAUGCAUUGGCCUCUGGGCCGAGUUAUCAAGGUUCAACCAGGCGCCGAUGGUGUCAUCCGGACAGCUACAGUUCAGACGGCAAAGAGCAUUUUGGAUCGGGGCGUCAAAAGGCUUGUCCCACUGCCAAUUCAACCCGAUCUCGAGAAACCCGAACAACUAGCCACCGAGACGAAAUAAGAUGGGAACUUCAACCACACCUCGCUAGUUUGAUCGGUACCCUCUCAACGGGGGGAGAAUGUUACGCCAUGCGGCUUACAAUAGGUCAUAUUCUUAACUAUCGAUCGCGGCACUAUAAUGUCGCAGACGGAUCGUCGCGUCUGCCCGGCAAACAAACAUUGUAGUGGCAAGCGCAUGGUUCAUUAAGCAGGGCGACUUCCAGAAACGUCGACUCGUGGCCCGUAUUUUACCUCGCAGUAAAAGAAUGUGGCGUGAUCCGAACGUAGUGGGGGUCGCCUUCCAGAAAAAACGAAAAAAAUCGAAAGGCGUUCAGAACUUUUCGAGAAGUCGAACCGUCAACACAUGUGGCGCUUGGCCAUGGAUCGCUGCAUUAGGUUUUCGUAAUCCCCGAAACCCAGACAAACCACUAUGGAAGUGCGGAGGUUCCCUGAUAUCGGCUAGGCAUGUUUUGACCGCAGCACAUUGUGCACAUAUGGAUGGAAUAGAAAACAUACACAAUCAUAAUAUUGCCAUUCUUAGAUUGGUGGAGGAGGUGCCAUUUUCGAGGUACGUAUAUCCCAUUUGUACGAAAGAGCCCCUACGAAAGAGCAACUUCGUCGGCUAUAACCCCCUUGUUGCUGGAUGGGGAGCAUUAAGAUAUAGACGACCACGACGUAAUGCAUUAAUGAAAGUACAAAUGCCAGUGAUUAAGAACGCCGAAUGCAAAAUAGCUUAUUCCAAAUUUCCUAAUGCACCUGAUAUCACUGAUGGUAUAAUAUGUGCCGAACAUGCUCAGGGUGGAGAGGAUUCUUGUACGGCUGACCGCGGCGGACCACUGCUGAUACAACAUGAAUUAACCUCGUAUUUAAUAGGUAUUGUGUCUUAUGCUUAUAAGUGCGGCACAGCUGGGUAUCCCAGCAUUUACACUAGGGUCACAUCGUACCUUGACUUCAUUCUCCAAGCGAUGCAAUAAUAUGAUAUUACUGUUCCAUAAAUAUCAUUGUGUAAAAAACGUAAAGUUGGAUUUUCUUAUUGUGGAGAUAAGAAACAGCUCAAAUUUACAUUGUUUUGUACGUUACAAAUUAUAGGCUUAAAAUGUACGAAAUGUAACUUUGAAACGACACUAAUUUUUUACGCACGAUAAACCUCCACGACUUAGAUUAUAGAUUCCUAUACGACUCUCAGUAAAAAUUUAUCCGCACUCCAGAUAGUUAAAACUUCUGUCGACCGUAUUGAUCCAUCUGCACUCUUCGUAUGACGUCAAUAUCUGUUCAGUGCUGCUGCGCAGGUUUCUUUGUGUUACGUCAAUUCGUUUGUGACCGUUGCGCGAGUAAUGGCGCUUUGCAAUGGUGAUUUGCAGGAAAACAGUGCAGGAUGCUGUGAUUCGUUUCUUGUGGUCGGAGGUUAUGUUUGAUGCCUAUAUUUAUCAAAGAUUUAAUGCACAUUAUGGAGAAAGUGUUUUGUCACGAAGUGUGUUUGAAUGGGCACAAAAGUUCAAAGAAGAUCGCACGAGUGUUAUGAAAAAACAGCUGGACGCCCGUCCACAUCCACGAUGACAACAUUGAACGUGCUCAUGAACUUAUGCUCUAUGGAAUAGACGAGUGACACUGGAUAAUGUGGCAAAUCAUUUGCAAAUCAGCCACGGCUCUGCUUAUGCAAUAGUGCACGACAGAUUUGGAUUUUAAAAAGUUUGUGCGAGAUGGAUGCCGAAAAAGCUGAUGAAAAGGUGAAGACGACGAUGCAUUCGUGGUUCGCAGCUCAGCCCAAAACAUUUUUUAAUGAG